AUGAAAAAAAUAAAUGGAGGAAAAAAGCAGUCCUUUGUUCCUGCAAUUGUAACUAUAGAAUUUAGAAUUCAAAAAAGAAAUCAAAGUACAUUUAUUGUAUAUUUUUUUUAAUCUAGUUGCCGAUCUGAUUUAAGCUAAUUCUCUACUAAAAGAGAUAAAUGAAUCAAUUAUAAUAGCCAGAGUUAAGGAAAUUGAAAACAAAAUAUUUUAAGAACAUGCAGUUAAUGUUCAUUUAUAUAGCAGCAGAAUUGAAAAGGUAGUUUCUCUCUUUAAAGGAAUAAAUUAAAAUAAUUAUAUAAAUAUUGCGUAAAAAUUAAAAAGGCAAGAGCUUAAGACUGAAUCAAUAUUUAAAUUAUUAGAAAAGAAGAAAUAAUUAAAAGACUAUGAUUAAUAAAUUUUAAAUAAAACUCUUUAGAAAUCAGAAUAUGAUCCUCUAAAUACAAAAUAAAUUAGCUCAAAAAAAGCAGUUUUGGUGGCAAAUAAAAUUACAAUAGUUAAGACAAAAACUUAAACUUCAGAUUCAAAGGGAAACUUUGCUGCAAAGCCAAAUAUGGUUUUUGCAGAUUCAAUUCAGCCUAUAGAACCAAUUUAAGAGAAAAAAGUUAAAAUAUAGAAAAGUGAAGAUGAUGAUGAUGAAAUUGAUAUAAGAAUAAAUGAUGGUAUACAAGGAGCUGCAUUAAUAGGAGUUUAUUGUUCAAAAUAAAUGAUUUUAUUUGACAACAAAGUUAAAAUACCAAUAGUUCUUUUAGUUUAAUUUUCUCCUUAAUAUAGAGUGUUAUGUGAUAAAAUUGAUUUUACAAAGCUUCAUAAUGCCAAAGAGACUAUUUCUUUUUUAUCUUCAAAUCUUGAGAGAAAGAUUGUGUUUGGUUAAGUUGUAUUGAGACCAAGUGAAUAUACUAAAAAUUUAAGAGAAUUAAGUGAAAAACUAAUAAAAUAGGAUAAAAUAGUAGCUUAAAAAUUUGAUAAAGACAAUGCAUCUUUUUUAAUUUUGCAUAAAAGUUAAUUAGAAUAAAUUCUUAAAGCAAGAAAACAAAGUCUUGCAUUUGAUGCUUCUGAUAUGGUUAUAAAAGAAUGGGCAAAAACAUAAUCUUAUUUAGAAUGGUGGGCAUUGAAUAAAUAAGAUCAUAAUCUUCAUUUUUUGAUAUCAUAUAAAAGUUUAACAAAUACAAGUGAUUAGAAUUAUGAAAAAAUCAUACUCUAAAAACCUUCAUGUUAUCCUAAAAUUUAAUAAACUAUUGAUUCUUUAAAAUAGAAGAAGGACAUUGAUGAUUUAUUGUAAGGAUUUCUUCAAACAGAUUUAUCACAAAUAACAUUUCCUUAAAUUUUUGGUGAUAUGGUUUAAGAAAAUAACAAUAUUUAAUAAUAAGAUGAAUAAUAAAUUCAAGAAGAAAUCGAUCAAAUUUAAAAGAGUUAAGAUGAAGAAUAACAAGAUAAUUAAUAAGAGGAAAAACCUGAAACUAAUAGGAUUAGUGGAUAAGAAUAUAAAGAAAUAAAUUUUAAUAUUAAAAUAUCAGAUUUAACUCUACAAUUAUCAAAGGAUGACUAUUUCUGAUAUUUUGAUCAAAUAUAAGUGAGC